UACAAAAUUAGAUGAUUACUUAGAAAAACUAGCAAAAUUAUUACCAAAGUACAUAAAAGAGAUUAAAAUAUGGAUGGUUUUGCAACCAGGUUAUAAGGAUGAAAUUGUUAUUCCAUUUAAUGCACAGGUGGUUUCUAAGAGCAUUCAAUUUGAUGAAUUCAAAAAGCCAGAAAAAAUUAAAAGCAAAAAUCUUAAAAAUUUAACUAGCUAUAAUACUUUAAAAUUUCCACCUUGGUUAUUUGAGUUGACAGCAAGGUCAACAGAUCAAAAAGGCGGUCCAAGCAGUGAUCAAACAAUUAAGGCAAUUUCUCCAAAAAGCAAUCCACUAUCACCAGAAGAACUAGAAAUAAUAUCACAACUGAACCCAGCCAACUUCAACAUUACAACUCCUAUUAACAAAUUGGGCUGUCAUUCGGUACUUCAGCGAUGCCCUCUUUUAAUUGUCUGCUUGAUUACCACACUAACAAGGUAUAUCGAUAUAGAAGAUGAGUUAGCUGCAAGAUGUAUGUAUGGUCCAUUCACUUUAGAAAAUCCCUAUGUUCAGCAUUUCAGAUAA